AUUUCAUGUUCGAAGAACGAUUUGGGCGGUAGUGUGAUGUGGAUAUGCACAGGCUAAAGUCCUCCCAGCGCGAAAAAGUGAGGCAGUUUAUCACCUUCACUGAAACGAAUGAAAAGACAGCUAUAAACUGCCUCAGCCAAAAUGAUUGGAGAUUGGACGUGGCGUCAGAUCUGUACUUUCAGAAUCCAGAGAAAUACUACAUUGAUAUGAAACCUUUGAUAGACAAGAAAAAGCUCACACACCUGUUUGAUCGUUACAAAGACCCUGGUGAUGAUGAUAAAAUCAUGGCUGAAGGAAUAGGGCGUUUCUGUGAAGAUCUCAAGCUAGAUCCUGCAAGCCUCAAGGUUCUUAUUAUAGCUUGGAAAUUUAAAGCAGCAACUCAGUGCGAGUUUUCAAGGAAAGAAUUCACUGAUGGCAUGGUAGAACUGGGUUGUGAUUCCAUUGACAAACUCCGAAGUAAACUUCCAAGCCUGGAGGCUGACCUUAGAGAUAAUGGUAAAUUUAAAGAUUUAUACCAGUUCACAUUCAACUUUGCCAAAAAUCCAGGCCAGAAGAGUUUAGAUUUAGACAUGUCCAUAGCAUAUUGGAAUAUAAUUCUAAAUGGAAGAUUUAAAUUCCUUGAUAUCUGGUGUGAGUUUCUUUUGUUACAUCACAAAAAAGCAAUAUCUAAGGACACUUGGAACCUCUUGUUAGACUUCAGUAACAUGAUAGAGGAUGAUAUGGGAAACUAUGAUGAAGAAGGAGCCUGGCCAGUUUUAAUCGAUGAAUUUGUAGAGUAUGCAAAACCUAGAAUUACAGGAAAGCAGACAACUGUUUGAUAAGAUCUUUGCUUGCAUUAGGAGUAUUUCAAAAUGGGCAUCCUGUGAUCAUAUUUUUACACGAGACUGGAAAAUUGUUCAUUUUUCAUGAAAUUUCCAGAGCUGACCAUUUGAAGUUUAAGCUGAGCUAACAUUAGAUGCAAGUACCUGUACUAAGGGACUCUCAUUAACUUUCACUACCUAACAACUGUCAUGGCAGUGAUAUGUACCCAUGGUGUAUAUAAUGGUGACCAAACGAGUAUUUUCAUACCGAUUUUCUUGUUCUAAUAAUUAUCGUUACAUAGUUGGGUGGCAUAUCUUCUUAUAUUAUACAAUCCCUUUCUCUUUAUGGCAUAAUCUUCAAACAAGAGGUAAAAUUAGCCACCCAUUGUAAAUUUCUAGUUAAAUCAAUGCUUUUAGUUAAUAAUCUCUUUUCACUAUAUAAACUAAAAUAUUAUUAUUCCUGUGAAUACUGUGAACAGAAGUAAACCAACAUUUUCUACCACUUUUGUCUCUAUCAUGGUUUCCACACGCCAUGGAAAAAACUCUUUAGAGAAUGAAAUUAUUUCUAAUAGUAGCAGUUAUAUUCCGUACAUUCAACUCAACAUGAAUUAUUUCACUCUUAAAUUCUUAGAACCCCAUCAAGAAAAUCAUAUGUAUGAUAACAUUUUCUAUCUUUCUAAAUUUACUUGCAGCAAGUAAAAGAGAACUCUGAGGAAUCAGAACAAACAAAUAACAGCAACAAAUAGAAAGCUAUAAUAAACUGUAUACUGUUGUAAAAAGUUUUACUGCAUUAAUUAUAAAAGUUUCCAACAAGA